AUCUAUUUUAGUAAAGGCAGCCUGAAGGCUCGUUACAAAGGAGACAUCGGACCAUAAUGGCUUAGGUACUGUCGAGACUUGCGUGACUUGCCGUUUGCCAGGCUCUGCUUUCCCAGCCCCAAUCAAAGGCGGCCCAGCGGUCUGAACAGUAGGGCCUCUCAACAAACCGAAUAUUCUUUCAAAAAUGGAAAAGACUUAGCUGAAAAUGGAUCAAUCAGGAUCCUCCUCCUCGAAUCAGGACCCACGCUUUGAGUUCAUAGGAACGUACACAGUAAAAUCCUUGAAAUUGAAACCUGAAAAAUGGCUGAGGGUUCUGGGUUCGGAGGAGUACAGGACCACCCUGAGAGACUUUGUGGACAAACCGCUGCCAUUUCUUUUGGUGGUGGUUUUGACCCACGCCAACCAACUUAUGCCGGUGGUGUCAUUUCCGUGCUAUCUGAAGAACAAAGCGGUCUACUUCGUGAAGAAGAAGCCAGAUGUUGUUCCAAAGGAGAAUUGUGUUGAGAUGCUAAUAUUUGGUGACUUAGCGCCGAGACUGAUAGAUGAACUAGCAUCAUUGGUAGACGAAGUAUUUGUUCCAUUGCUGUCUAACCCGUUGAACCAUGAAGGAUGGCCCCUAGUGGUCUCGCAAGAUAUUCUGAAGCAGAUCCACAAUCUGAAGAGCACUGUUUAUGAGGUAAAAGGCAAAGUAAAUGGCCAGACUGUUCUCCCGAUGCCAGUGGGGGUGGAGUUGGUGCACGACGCAGAGAAACAGGUGCAGAAGGGUGUGGACGUGGAUCUUUACUUGAAGAGCGCCAUCGAGGGAGUAGUCAUCAAGUGGGCGCAGCAGAUCAAUGACGUCAUGAUGGAGGACUCUGCGCAGGCAUUUGAAAACGGCCAGAACCCGUCACCGACUGUUGAGUUGACAUUCUGGCGAUCCAGACUCAGCAACCUGAACUAUAUUUAUGACCAACUGCGCACCGAACGCGUGCGAUGCAUGGCUGUCAUUCUGGAGAAGACCACAUCAGCGUAUUAUCCUUGCUUCAGCCGAUUGUUCAAGAAUAUUGUGUCAGCUUUGGCUGAGGCACGAGAAAUAGACUUGUAUUUGCACACAUUGGAGAGACACUUUCAAGUAUUGGAAGACACCGAUUUCACCGAAUGUCAGGCUUUAUUUCGACCCCUGUUUCACGUCAUUUGUAUGAUUUGGCGGGAUUCGAAGUACUACUGCAGUUCCUCCAAGCUGAUGGUUCUUUUGAAACAAAUCUCUAAUCUGUUAAUUUAUCAGGCAAAAAAAUGCUUAGAUCCGAGUACGCUAUUUCACAGCGAUAUUGACGAAGCCACUCAGCGCAUCCAAGAAACGAUAGACAUAUUGAAAAAUUUCCAAAGUACCUUUGGGUACUUCAAGGACAAUUUGCACAAAUAUUUCGUUGAUAGAAGAGUGGUACCAUGGACUUUUCAUCCGAACGUGGUCUUCGAGAGGUUGAACAAGUUUCUCGAGAGACUAGAUACAAUCCAGUGGUUCUUCAAAACAGUAUUAGAGUUCCAGAAACUGGAAAAAAUUGAAGUCGGCGGCAUGAAGGGACGUGUUUUGAGUUUACAAAUUCGAGAUAUAUCUGCCGAGUUUGAAGCGUUCUUUCAUAGUUUUGCAUCCAAGUCUUACGAUGUCUUAGAACCCGAUGAUGAAACAUUUAAUGCCGAUUUUAAGGACUUUCAAAACAAUAUCGUCGAUUUAGAUUUGAAAUUAUCAACGGUCUUAGUCGAGUCAUUUGAUAACUGCCCGACAUUAGAGGACAUUUUCAAGCUUAUCGAUAUAGUGGGAUCUGUUCUGGAUCGACCACUAAUAAAAAAUGAAUUCACUGCCAAAUAUGUCGAAAUACUUGUGAUGUUGGAAAAAGAAAUUGUUAUAUGCGAAGAGUUAUUCACCGAACAGACACAACGCCUUCACAAGUAUGGCAUCAUGGAGAUAGACGCAUUCCUUCCUCCUGUCGCAGGAGGACUCCUGUUCAUGACCACGCUGGCUGCGAGGAUAACCAAGCCCGUAGCCAGCUUUCGCAAUUUGCCGCACCCGAUAAAGGGUUCGGAAGAAGCGAUGAGGCUUUUCAAAAGGUACGAUAAACUUAUUGAAGAUAUAAACGAAUUUAAAAAGAAUUAUUUCAAUGAUUGGACUUUUAAUAUUCCAAAAAUAAUUGAAAGUAAAACUAAGAACUCUAUAAUAGCGCGGCAAGGUUCAGAUCUUGUUUUAAAUUUCAGUCCAAUGAUUCUAGAUAUAUUAAAAGAAGUUCACCAUUUACGAAAUAAUCCUGAUGUACAAGAAAGUCUACCAAAAGAAAGUCUAGUGUUAUUUGAAAAACAAGAAACUUACAGGCAAUAUAGAAUUAACUUAGGCAUCACAAUCGAUUGGUAUAACCAAAUUAGAAGAAAUAGCCAAAAAGUUGAAUUUGAUCUUGUAGAGGAUGAAAUAAAGGCCAUCGAUCAAAGAAUAGCGUUAGCUCAAAAUGAAUUAAAUUGGAAUUCUGAAGAUUUAUGGACACAGUUGCAAGAACUACACACACUAGUUGGAAAUUUGUUUGAACGAAUGUCAAAAAUUCAAGAGAAUUUGAGGGAAAUAAAGACUGUAAUGAAAGAAUGGGCUAGUUUGCCUUUGUUUGAAAGAAAAGAAGGGAAAAAGGAUACCCUUUUAAAUUUGGAGGAUCGAACAGAGAAAAAGAGUCACCGUUACACUGCAAUUAAAUGUUCAGCAGAACGCAUAGAGACAUUACUAAAAGAGAAUAUGGAACUAUUUAACAUGCAAGAAAAUCAAGACAGUGAAAUUUGGAGAAAUUAUGUUUCUUUCAUUGACAAUUUGAUGGAAGAAUCUUUAUUUAAGUGUAUUGCUUGCAGCUUGGGUUAUAUAGCAGAACAUAUGAAUCCUAAAAAUAAUUUAGCACCACUAUUUCAAGCUCAGUUAGAAUUACUUGAGCCAGAUAUGGUAUUUUUUCCAUCAUUGGAUCCAAACAAUGAAAAAGGAUUUACAGCAUUAAUAAUAGGAAUCAUUGAUGAUAUAUUGAUGAUGUCUAGGUUGAUCAACAGAAUAGAUACAAAUAAAACAGAAACCUAUGAAGAAGAUGUAAUAAAAAGUGAGGAUAUCAUUGAAAUGAGAGAAGAAAUCUUAAAAGGAAUAGAAAAGGUUAUAGAAGAUGCAAAUGAAUUUUGCAAAACUUUUGAAAACUAUGCAUAUCUGUGGCUCGAAGAAAGAGAUGCUAUAAUGGAAAUAUUUCUUACUUACGGAAGGAUACUGCAGCCUGAAGAAAUAGACAGAAUUGGAUCAGAGGAUAACGACCUACCAGCCCCAGUACAAUGUCCUCCGAAAAUGGAAGCAUUUAGGGAACAGAUAGAUCAUUUUGAGAAUCUUUUCAUAGAGAUUGAAGAUAUGGAUCCAUUUAAGGUGUUUAAUUGCUGGUUUCAGGUGGACGUUAGACCCUUUCUUCAGGCAUUGCUCAACACUGUGAGAAAAUGGGGAAACAUGUACAAAGAGCAUUUAGUAGAAAAUGUAACAACGAGUCUUAGCGAUUUGGCUGACUUUAUACGUAAAGCAGAUGAAGGUUUGAUGCAACCUGUACCAGAAGGGGAUUAUGGGGCUUUAAUUAAUGUAAUGGGAUAUUUGAUGAAUGUCAAAGAACGUACAUUGACUACUGACGAGAUGUUUCAACCUCUUACUGAAACUAUUGAACUAUUAAAGUUUUACGAUAUGGAUAUACCAGAGGAAGUUAAUGUUUUGCUUCAGGAGUUACCUGAACAAUGGCAAGCCACAAAGAAACUAGCUGUAACAGUUAAACAACAAGUAGCACCACUACAAGCGGCUGAAGUCAGUGGCAUUAGGAAAAAAAUUGCUACAUUCGACGCUCAUGUCACAUACUAUAGAGAAGUGUUUAAAAGAUAUGAGUUCUUUAAAUACGAAUGUGAGAAUCCAUACGAGGUCAUGACAAGAGUAGACCGUGAGAUGAUGUUUUUAGAAGAGGAAAUGAAAAAUAUACAAGAGUCGGGGUCAUUAUUUGAAGUGAACGUACCAGAAUUUAAAUUAUUAAAGCAGUGUAGGAAAGAGCUGAGAAUGUUGAAGCAACUCUGGGACUAUGUCUACAUAGUAAGAACAAGCAUUGAAGAUUGGAAGACUACCCCAUGGCGUAAGAUAGAUGUUGAAAAUAUGGACAUAGAGUGUAAGAAAUUUGCUAAAGAAAUUCGAUUGCUUGAUAAGGAAAUGAGAAGCUGGGAUACUUACAUCAGCUUGGAAGCAACAGUAAAAAAUAUGCUGACGUCACUAAGAGCAGUCGGUGAGCUUCAGAAUCCAGCAAUUAGGGAACGGCAUUGGGAUCAAUUAAUGAGAUCUACAAAGAGUUUAGCUGCAUUGCCACCUGAAGUCACUGUUAGGAUCGUGAUGGAUCUUAACACCACUCUGGCUGACUUAUUAGCACUUAACUUACACGAAUGUGAAGAAGAAGUAAAGAACAUAGUAGAUAAAGCUGUUAAAGAAAUGUCUAUGGAGAAAAUCCUCAAAGAUCUUGAUACUACAUGGAAAGGACUCGAAUUCGAGCAAGAAAUACAUUCGAGAACUGGCUGUGUUUUACUGCGAGCUAGCGAAGAGCUCAUAGAAACUUUGGAAGAAAAUCAGGUUCAACUACAAAAUCUAAUAACAUCCAAGUUUAUAGCGCAUUUCCUAGAAGAGGUUUCUGCUUGGCAACAGAAGCUAUCUAUAGCGGAUCAGGUGAUCACCGUAUGGUUUGAGGUGCAACGUACUUGGACACACCUGGAGAGUAUCUUUAUGAGUUCAGAAGAUAUCAGGAAACAGUUGCCUGAAGACUCGGCAAGAUUUGAUAGAAUUGAUUCGGCUUUUAAGAUUCUAUCAACGGAAAUGUCGAAAACACCAAAUGUUGUAAAAGGGACUAAUAAGGAUGGCUUGAUUGAAAAGUUGGACUCUUUACAAAAGGAUUUGAUCAUUUGUGAGAAAGCAUUGGCAGAAUAUCUAGAAACAAAACGUCUAGCAUUCCCCAGAUUCUAUUUUGUGUCAUCAGCAGAUCUACUUGAUAUUCUUUCAAAUGGCAACCAAGCUGAUCUUGUAAUAAGACAUUUAACUAAGUUAUUUGAUUCUAUAGCAAAACUUAAAUUUGCUGAAAGUGAGAAUCCUAAGGAUAAAAUAUCUUUAGGAAUGAUAGCCAAAGAUGGUGAGUAUGUUCCAUUUCAUGGGACAGCUGAUUGCACCGGUGCGGUGGAAAUAUGGCUGAACAGAAUUCAAGAUAUUAUGAGAUCGACUAUUCGCCAAUACUUCGGAGAAGCAAUUGUCUCCUAUGAAGAGAAACCGAGAGAACAAUGGUUGUUUGACUUUAUGGCACAAGUUUCACUAUGCGGUUCACAGAUUUGGUGGACAACUGAAGUCAACAUGGCCUUCUCAAGACUAGAGGAGGGAUAUGAUAAUGCACUCAAAGACUAUUAUAAGAAACAGUUAAAUCAAUUAAGUACGCUUAUAACUCUGUUAAUAGGAGAACUCAGUAAGCAAGAUCGUCAGAAAAUUAUGACGAUUUGUACUAUAGAUGUACACUCAAGAGAUGUAGUCAGUAAAUUGAUUCAAGCGAAGGUUGAAGCCGGAUCCGCAUUUCAAUGGCAGUCACAGCUCAGACACAGAUGGGAUGAGGGAGCGUUUCAUUGUUUCGCUAAUAUUUGCGAUGCUCAAUUCAAAUACAGCUAUGAGUAUUUGGGUAACACUCCCCGGCUAGUUAUUACACCAUUGACAGAUAGGUGCUACAUUACAUUGACUCAGUCUCUGCACUUGAUAAUGGGCGGUGGUCCAGCUGGACCUGCUGGUACUGGCAAAACCGAAACAACAAAAGACUUGGGACGAGCUCUGGGUAUAAUGGUGUAUGUUUUCAAUUGCUCUGAACAAAUGGACUAUCAGUCAUGCGGUAAUAUUUACAAAGGUUUAGCACAAACAGGUGCUUGGGGAUGCUUUGACGAAUUCAAUCGUAUAUCUGUUGAAGUGUUAUCUGUAGUUGCAGUUCAAGUAAAAUCGGUGCAAGAUGCUAUAAGGGAUAAGAAGGAGAAAUUUAAUUUUAUGGGUGAAAUUAUUGUACUGGUGCCUAGUGUCGGAAUUUUCAUAACAAUGAAUCCAGGUUAUGCUGGCAGGACAGAAUUGCCAGAAAAUUUGAAAGCGUUAUUCCGACCCUGCGCGAUGGUCGUACCAGAUUUUGAAUUGAUUUGCGAAAUCAUGUUAGUUGCUGAAGGUUUUCAAGAAGCUAAAAUUUUGGCUAGAAAAUUUAUUACACUUUAUACUUUGUGUAAAGAAUUACUUUCAAAACAAGAUCAUUAUGAUUGGGGAUUGAGAGCAAUUAAAUCAGUACUCGUAGUAGCGGGUUCUUUAAAGCGCGGGGAUCCCGGCAGACCUGAAGAAGAAGUACUUAUGCGGACUCUUCGAGAUUUUAAUAUACCUAAGAUAGUAACUGAUGAUAUGCCGGUAUUCAUGGGAUUGAUUGGUGACUUAUUUCCUGCUUUAGAAGUUCCACGUAAAAGAGAUUUAGAUUUUGAGAAAACUGUAAAACAAGCAGCUAUGGAUUUAUUGCUGCAACCAGAAGACAAUUUUAUUUUAAAAGUGGUUCAGCUGGAGGAACUUUUAGAAGUGCGUCAUUCAGUUUUUAUUGUGGGCAAUGCUGGCACAGGCAAAACCCAAGUAUGGAAGACGCUAUUUAAAACCUAUCAAAAUUUGAGAAAAAAGCCAAUUUACAACGAUUUGAACCCAAAAGCUGUAACUAAUGACGAAUUAUUUGGAAUAAUAAACCCUGCGACUCGUGAAUGGAAAGAUGGACUCUUCUCAGUUAUAAUGAGAGAUCAAGCAAAUCUAGUUGGGGAAAAUCCAAAGUGGAUAAUAUUGGAUGGAGAUAUAGACCCCAUGUGGAUCGAAUCUCUGAAUACAGUAAUGGAUGAUAAUAAAAUAUUAACUCUGGCUAGUAAUGAAAGAAUUGCCUUAACACCGACAAUGAGGCUGAUGUUUGAAAUAUCUAAUCUUCGUACGGCCACUCCAGCCACUGUAUCUAGAGCAGGUAUUUUGUAUAUCAAUGCUCAGGAUUUGGGAUGGAACCCAUACGUUACAAGUUGGAUAGAAACUAGAAAAAUACCAGCAGAGAAGUCAAAUUUGGUGAACCUUUUUGAUAAAUAUAUACCAUCAUGCUUAGAAACAAUUAGAACUAGGUUUAAGAAAAUAACUCCAAUCGCUGAGAUGGCACACAUUCAAAUGUUGUGUCAUUUAUUGAAUUGUCUACUUGUUCCUGAAAACAUACCGCCAGAAUGUCCGAAAGAAUGGUAUGAUAUUUUCUUCGUUUUUGCUUGCGUUUGGGCAUUUGGAUCUGCUAUGUUUCAGGACACUGGUAUAGACUAUAGAGUCGAAUUCACUAAAUGGUGGGUUAAUGAAUUUAAAACUAUUAAAUUUCCACCUGGAGGUACAGUUUUCGAUUUCUACAUAGACCAUGAUUCGAAACAAUUUACACCUUGGACAGAGAAAAUACCCAAAUUUGAGUUGGACUCUGACGUACCGUUACAGGCUGUAUUAGUUCCCACUGCAGAAACAAUAAGAAUUCGAUUCUUUUUGGACUUACUUAUGAAAAAUAAACAUCCUGUAAUGCUUGUUGGAGGAGCUGGAUGCGGUAAAACGGUUUUGGUUAACGAAAAAUUACAAAGUCUUUCCGAAAACUACGCUAUUCAAUCUGUUCCGUUCAAUUUCUACACAUCAUCGGAAAUGUUGCAAAAGAUUUUGGAGAAGCCAUUGGAAAAGAAAGCUGGUCGUAACUAUGGCCCCCCAGGGAAUAAGACCCUAAUUUACUUCAUAGAUGAUAUGAAUAUGCCCGAAGUAGACACAUAUGGAACUGUGCAGCCGCAUACAAUUAUAAGACAACAUUUAGAUUACAAUCAUUGGUAUGAUCGCACAAAAUUAUCCCUGAAAGACAUACAUAAUACUCAAUAUGUUUCAUGUAUGAAUCCAACCUCUGGUAGUUUUACUAUCAAUCCAAGGCUUCAACGACACUUUUGUGUGUUUGCUAUAAGUUUUCCGAAUAACGAAGCUUUAAAUAAUAUUUAUCACUCCAUUUUGAGUCAGCAUUUAAGUAAUCCGGAGCUCAGAAUAAAUCCCAUAAUUUAUAAACUAUCACUUAAUGUUGUUACUGCGACGAUGACACUUCAUAAUAAAGUGUCGCAAGUAUUUCUUCCGACAGCUAUUAAAUUUCAUUACAUUUUCAACCUCAGGGACUUGUCUAAUGUCUUCCAGGGGUUUUUGUUCAGUACAAAUGAAUGUCUGGUUAAUCCAUCGGAUAUUAUUCGUCUUUGGUUACAUGAAACGCAUCGUGUGUACGGUGACAAGCUCACAGAAGAUAAAGAUAUUGACGCCUUCUUGAAGAUGCAAGUCGAUAUCUGUAAGAAGACAUUCGAGGAAAUGGAUGAAGGUGCGGUUUUCGAAAAACCUAACAUUUAUUGCCAUUUUGCUGGAGGCAUUGGAGAGCCCAAAUAUAUGCCGAUAGAGACAUGGGAGCAACUGAAUAAACUUCUCCUUGAAGCAAUGGCAAGUUACAACGAUCUUAUAGCUGCUAUGAAUUUGGUGUUAUUUGAGGACGCAAUGAUGCACAUAUGUAGAAUAAAUCGGAUUCUGGAAAGUCCAAGAGGCAGUGCCCUUUUGGUUGGUGUUGGUGGCUCAGGAAAACAGUCACUAUCACGUUUAGCGGCUUUUAUAUCUAGUUUGGAAGUUUCACAAAUUCAACUAAAGAAAGGAUAUGGUGUCGCUGAUCUUAAGAAUGAAUUGAAUGGAUUAUACAUUAAGACUGGGCUUAAAAAUGUUGGUAUUAUGUUUUUAAUGACUGAUGCUCAAGUCGCCAAUGAACAAUUUUUGGUGCUUAUUAACGACCUUUUAGCAUCCGGUGAGGUCGCCGAUUUAUUUCCCGAUGACGAGAUUGAAAAUAUAAUAGCAGGAGUGAGAAAUGAAGUCAAAGGCGCUGGAUUACCAGACACAAGGGAAGUGUGUUGGAAGUUUUUCAUCGAUAGAGUACGAAAGCAACUGAAAGUGGUUUUGUGCUUUUCUCCGGUCGGUUCUACGUUGAGAGUAAGAUCUCGAAAAUUCCCCGCAUUGAUAAAUUGUACUUCCAUCAAUUGGUUCCAUGAAUGGCCACAAGAGGCGCUUGUGUCCGUGGCUAUGAAUUUCUUGGAAGCGUUACAUGUUUUACCAGUUUCUCUGAAAGAUUCGGUAGCCCGGUUUAUGGCGUAUGUUCAUACUUCUGUGAAUACAGUAUCUAAGUCUUAUUUAGCAAAUGAAAGAAGGUAUAACUACACAACUCCUAAGAGUUACUUGGAGCAAAUUAGUUUAUAUGCAAAACUGAUAAAUAAUAAAACUAGCGAGUUACAAGCAAAAAUUGUUAGGUUGGAAAACGGUUUAGAAAAACUUCGAUGUACUGCGGUUCAAGUAGAUGACCUUAAAGCUAAACUAGCUGUUCAAGAGAUAGAGCUACAACAAAAGAAUGAAGCUGCAGACAAACUCAUUGAAAUGGUUGGAAUUGAGACUGCUAAGGUCCAAAGCGAGAAAGCUCUAGCUGAUGAGGAGGAAGAAAAAGUGGCAGUUAUAACUGAGGAAGUAUCUAAGAAACAGAAGGAUUGUGAAGAGGAUCUUAUCAAGGCUGAACCAGCUCUAAUUGCUGCUCAAGAAGCUUUGAAUACUUUAAACAAAGCUAAUCUUACCGAACUCAAAUCAUUUGGGUCGCCACCUGGAGCGGUCACUAACGUAACUGCGGCUGUCAUGGUAUUAAUGGCUCCUGGAGGGAAAAUACCAAAGGAUAGAAGCUGGAAAUCUGCUAAGAUUGUAAUGGCAAAAGUCGAUGUCUUUUUAGAGUCUCUCAUAAAUUAUGACAAGGAGAAUAUUCAUCCCGAUGUCAUUAAAGCUAUUCAACCUUAUCUAAAAGAUGCCGAAUUUGAACCUGAGUUUGUUAGAUCAAAAUCUGCCGCUGCAGCUGGUCUCUGCGCUUGGGUAAUAAAUAUAAUCAAGUUUUUUGAAGUAUUUUGUGACGUUGAGCCAAAAAGAAAAGCUUUACAGGCAGCAAAUGCUGAGUUAGCUGCGGCUGUGGAAAAACUUAAAUCUAUUAAAGCAAAAGUUGCUUCUCUUGAAGAGUUGCUCGCAACUCUUACGGCGGACUUUGAAAAAGCAACAUCGGAGAAGAUGAAAUGCCAGAGGGAGGCAGACGCCACUAACCAGACUAUUCAACUUGCUAACAGACUUGUGAACGGCCUUGCUAGCGAAAAUGUGCGUUGGGCCGAAUCUGUGUCUAAUUUCAUGCAGCAGAAUACUACACUCCCUGGCGAUGUGCUGUUAGUGUGCGCAUUUAUAUCCUACGUGGGAUGUUUCACUAAACAAUAUAGGUUGGACCUUAUGCACAAGCAGUGGCUAGUGUUUUUAAAGACUCUAGAGCCACCGAUUCCAAUAACGGAUGGCCUGGAUCCUUUAACAAUGCUAACAGAUGAUACAUGUAUAGCUAUGUGGCAAAAUGAGGGACUGCCAUCUGACCGAAUGAGCACUGAAAAUGCCACCAUUUUGUCCAACUCAGACCGUUGGCCUUUGAUGAUUGACCCACAGUUACAAGGUGUAAAAUGGAUCAAACAGAAAUAUGGUGAACAACUGCAAGUAAUACGCCUAGGUCAAAAGGGGUACUUAGAAGCUAUAGAGAAAGCUAUAAUAAAAGGAAACACAGUUCUCUUUGAGAAUAUUGGUGAAACUGUUGAUCCUGUACUUGACCCUCUGUUAGGAAGAACCCUUAUAAAGAAGGGGAAGGCCAUUAAAAUCGGAGACAAAGAAGUAGAAUACAGUUCAAGUUUCAGGCUUAUCCUGCAUACCAAAUUAGCUAAUCCUCAUUAUAAACCAGAAAUGCAGGCACAAACAACUUUGGUCAAUUUUACCGUUACGAGAGAUGGAUUAGAAGAUCAGCUACUAGCAGAAGUAGUUAAAGCUGAAAGACCUGACCUUGAAGAAUUGAAAGCAGAAUUAACGAAGCAGCAAAACGAGUUCAAGAUUCAACUUAAGGAAUUAGAGGAUGAUUUAUUAUCUAGGUUAUCAUCAGCAGGGGAAAACAUAUUAGGUGACACCGCAUUGGUGGAAAAUUUGGAGACUACUAAAAAGACCGCAGCUGAUAUUGAAAGAAAGGUGGCUGAAGCUAAAAUAACAUCUCAACAAAUUGACAAAGCUCGAGAAUUUUAUAGACCUGCUGCAGCCAGAGCUUCUUUGUUGUACUUCAUUCUGAAUGAUUUGAAUACAAUAAAUCCUAUAUACCAAUUCUCCCUCAAGGCUUUUAGUGUUGUGUUUCAAAAGGCUAUUUCGAGAGCUGUACCAGCAGAUGAAGUAAAUCAAAGAAUAAAAAAUCUAAUUGACUGCAUUAGUUACUCAGUCUUCCAAUACACAUCAAGAGGUUUAUUUGAAUGCGAUAAACUCAUUUUUGCAUCCCAAAUGACAUUCCAGGUACUUCUAAUGAGUGAAGAGAUAUCACCGGCUGAAUUAGAUUUCUUCCUCCGAUUCCCAGUUAAACCUCAUGUGACAAGUCCCGUUGAUUUCCUUUCAAAUAACAGCUGGGGUGGCAUUUGUUCUCUAGCGAGUAAAGAUGAAUUUAGAAACUUGGACCGCGACAUCGAAACUUCGCAGAAAAGGUGGAAGAAAAUCGUAGAAAUGGAGUGCCCAGAAAGAGAAAAAUUCCCUCAGGAAUGGAAAAACAAAACUGCGCUGCAGAGACUAUGUAUGUUUCGAGCAUUACGUCCCGAUCGCAUGACGUAUGCAGUUGCAGCGUAUAUUGAAGAAAAGAUGGGUUCAAAAUAUGUAGAGAAUCGAACUGUGGAGUUCAGUAAAUCUUUUGAGGAGACUAGUCCCACUACCCCGAUAUUCUUCAUACUGUCACCGGGUGUGAAUCCCUUAAAAGACGUGGAAGCGUUGGGAAAAGUAAUGGGAUUCACUUCGGACACUGGUAACUUCCACAAUGUGUCUUUAGGGCAAGGUCAAGAAAUUGUGGCCGAGCAGGCAAUGGAUGUAGCCAUCACUCAAGGGCAUUGGGUAGUCUUACAGAAUAUUCAUCUUGUAAAGAAAUGGUUACCCAGUCUGGAGAAAAAAAUGGAAAGUUUUGCUACUGGCACCCAUAAACAGUUCCGGCUAUUCAUGUCAGCAGAGCCAGCCGCUACUCCUGCUGCGCAUAUUAUACCACAAGGUAUUUUGGAAUCGAGUAUUAAAAUUACCAAUGAACCACCUACUGGAAUGCAGGCUAACAUCCACAAAGCACUUGAUAAUUUCAACCAAGAGACACUCGAGAUGUGUGGAAAGGAGGCGGAAUUCAAAGCUAUUUUGUUUGCUUUAUGUUACUUCCAUGCGGUUGUUGCUGAAAGAAGAAAAUUUGGUCCACAAGGAUGGAAUAAAAUUUACCCGUUUAAUGUUGGUGACUUAACAAUAAGCGUGUUCGUAUUGUACAAUUAUCUAGAAGCGAAUUCUAGAGUGCCUUGGGAAGAUCUUAGGUACCUCUUUGGAGAAAUUAUGUAUGGAGGUCAUAUUACCGACGACUGGGACCGUAGAUUGUGCAAUGCUUAUUUAGAAGAAUUGAUGCAGCCUGAUCUCGUUGAUGGUGAAUUGCAACUAGCUCCUGGUUUCCCAGCACCGCCUAAUACAGAUUAUUGUGGUUAUCAUCAAUACAUAGAAGAUGCAAUGCCGCCGGAGUCUCCAUAUUUGUAUGGCCUGCAUCCUAAUGCUGAGAUAGGAUUUCUUACUACUACUUCUGAGAACCUGUUCAGAACUAUAUUCGAGAUGCAACCGAGAGACGCUCAGGCAUCUGGCGCGGCUACUGUGACUAGGGAGGAUAAGGUAAAACAAAUGGUUGAUGAAAUAAUGGAGAAGUUACCCGAGGAAUUCAACAUGGUGGAGAUAAUGGGAAAGGUUGAAGAAAGGACGCCAUACGUGAUAGUGGCUUUCCAAGAAUGUGAACGAAUGAAUUACCUAACUGGAGAGAUGAAAAGAUCACUUAGGGAGUUGGAUUUAGGACUUAAGGGUGAGCUUACAAUUACUUCAGAUAUGGAGGAGUUAGAGAACGCAUUAUUUUUAGAUCAAGUACCAGUUAUUUGGUCUAGCAGAGCAUAUCCGUCUUUAUUAGGUCUAUCAGCGUGGUUUGUAGACUUGCUUCUUCGACUAAGAGAGUUAGAAACGUGGGCUACAGACUUCGUUUUACCAGCUUCAGUUUGGUUAGCUGGUUUCUUUAACCCUCAAAGUCUUUUGACUGCAAUAAUGCAAAGUACAGCACGACGAUAUGAAUUGCCUUUGGAUAAAAUGUGUCUCCAAUGCGAUGUAACUAAGAAAAUGAAAGAAGAGUUCACGAACGCUCCGAAAGAUGGAGCUUUUGUCCAUGGUCUCCUGAUGGAAGGUGCUAGGUGGGACGUCCAAGCUGGGAUCAUUAUGGAUUCGAGAUUGAAAGACUUGUUCCCUCCGAUGCCGGUCAUCAAUGUUCGGGCAAUAACUCAAGACAAGCAGGAUCUGCGUAACAUGUACGAGUGCCCGGUCUACAAGACCCGCACUCGCGGACCAACCUACGUAUGGACCUUCAACCUGAAAACUAAAGACAAGCCGGCCAAGUGGACCCUCGCAGGAGUAGCUCUGCUACUGCAGAUUUAG